AUUAUUGAUAGCACUUACGCAGUUUGGUCGCUGUUCGAAAAGCACCUGGUUGGCAUAAACCCUAACCCCUAAAGUUAACGACCACUCCCUCUGCAAAAUUGUAUUUCCUUUGGCAAUUCAUCGGCGAUCAUGGAAGUUGAUAGAGCAGAUGGGCGGGCCCCUAAUCAACGAAGACCGGUGGCCUGUACUCGAGGCAUACUCCACCGUGCUCAUGGCUCCGCUAGCUGGGCUCAAGGUGACACAAAAGUUAUUGCUGCUGUUUAUGGACCCAAAGCUGGAACUAGGAAAAACGAAAACCCUGAAAAGGCCUGCAUUGAAGUCAUUUGGAAACCAAAAACCGGACAGAGUGGGAAACCAGAGAGGGAAUAUGAAAUGGUGAUGAAGAAGACAUUACAAAGCAUCUGCCUCUUGAAUGUUCAUCCCAAUACAACAACUUCAAUUAUCAUUCAAGUUGUCAAUGAUGAUGGUGCUCUUCUUCCAUGUGCAAUAAAUGCAGCUUGUGCUGCUCUAGUAGAUGCUGGGACUCCAUUAAAGCAUCUUGCUAUUGCAAUAUGUUGUUGUAUGUCUGAAAACGGUCAAAUUUUACUUGACCCAAGCAAGAUUGAAGAACAGAAAGUGAAGUCAUUUGUAUAUUUGGUGUUCCCAAAUUCUAUAGCUUCCGUUCUUCCAGAAGGUUCAUUAAAAUCACGAGGUGAAAUAACGGAACAUGGGAUUCUUACAUCCGUGACACAUGGCGUAAUGACAGUGGAUGAUUAUUUCAGCUGUCUAAAAUUGGGACGCCCUGCUGCAGCUGAAUUGUCUGAUUUUAUCAGAAACAACUUAAAAUUGAAACCAGGGAAUGACUCAUCUAAAGCAGCUUAAUUAAGACCUUUUUUAAUGCAAUUGAAUGUAUAAUUCUUUGUACGUUUUUUUUUUUUUUUGUUAAUUAUCAAGGGCUUGAAUUU